AUGAGGAUGAAUCCUCUCAAAUGUGCUUUCGGGGUGACGGCCGGGAAGUUCCUCGGGUUUCUUGUACAUAGGCAUGGUAUCGAGGCAGAUGAAGACAAGGUCAAAUCUAUCAGAGCAAUGCCUCCCCCGCAUUCUCAGAAGGAGUUAAAGAAGUUCCUCGGGAAGGUGUCUUAUAUUCGGAGGUUUAUCCCAGCACUUGCAGAGAUCUCUGCCCCUUUCGGCUCAUUGUUAAAAGAAGAUGCCAAGUUCGAGUGGAACCAGGAGCACCAAAAGGCCUUCGAGAGAAUCAAGGCGACCUUGACCUCGCCUCAGACCAUGAUAGCCCCACAGCCCAGGGUGCCUCUAAUGUUGUACGUAACUUCAGCCCCCAAGUCCAUAGGGGCAUUAUUGGUCCAAGAUGUAGAUAGAGUAGAACGCCCGGUGUAUUACAUCAGCCGGAAGAUUCGAGGACCAGAAGUCCGAUAUACUCCGAUAGAGAGACAUUGCUUAGCUUUGGUAUUCACUACCCAAAAGCUCAGACAUUACUUCUUAGCACAUCAGAUUCAGAUUGUUACUAGAAGUGAUCCAAUCCGAUACCUCCUCAGCAAGCCUGCUCUAACCGGGAAGGUGGCAAGAUGGUUGUUAGCACUGGGUGAAUUCGAGAUCACAUGUGUAGCCCCUAAGGCGAUCAAAAGCCAAGCCUUAGCUGACCUCCUUGCUCAAUUUCCAAAUGGUGACUAUAAACCAGUGAAUGAAGAAUUAAGAGAAGAGGUGCAUGCAGCUAUGGCUUCUGAGGAAAGCUUUUGGACAUUGAGCUUUGACGGAGCAGCAGCCGGAGCCGAGUAUGAGGCUCUUAUUUUAGGCUUGAUAGCAGUUGAGAAGCACAGUAUCAAGAAGAUUCGGAUUCGGGGGGACUCAAAGUUGAUAGUGAAGCAAAAGGUUGAAAUAGAGCAUGUGCCUCAUUCCGACAACAAGUUUUCAGAUGCCCUCGCAACAUUAGGGGCAAGAGUUGAUAUCCCAGAGGAGGAGGCGACAAUUAUUAUCAAGAAAAGAACAGAGCCUUCAAUAAUACCCGAAGACAAAGACCUUCUGGAAAAUUGGAAAGGAGAAGUCCUCGAACAACUCAGAAGCAAAGUUGGAAAACUGACUAUGGCCAAGCUUGCCCAAUUCAUAAUAAUUCAAGGUGAACUUUACUUCCGAGGAGGUACCGGAUUCCUAGCCCAGUGUGUUGGCCAACAAGAAGCAAGCUUCCGACUACAACAGAUUCAUGAAAAAUUCUGCAGAGAUGGGGAUAUCAGUCUAUACAGAAGGAUCCAAAAACAUGGCUAUGAUGGAUUUAUAGUGAUGGAAAAUUGUUUGAUUCUUAUGUGCAAGUUUAGAGGUGUGACAUUGGUUAUCAAGUAUAAUGAUGGAUUUAAUUUCAAGGAUUUAGUAUAUAAAUUGUGUGCAAAGUGGAGUGAGUUAGUUGGUAGUUCUAUGAAUAUAUCGUAUUCAAUGCCUGGACAUUUUUCUUGUGGUCUACAAAGUGAAGAGGAUUUGGAGGUUAUAGUUGGACUGGCACUUUCUUGUGAUAUUCAUCGUAUUGAUGUUUUUGCAAAGGGUUGUUCUUUGGGUGAAGUGAUAAUUCUAUCAUUUUUGUUACUGGAGAGUGCUGAUAAUUGA